AUGAAUGGUUUGACAGGAAGUGAAGAGUUGUCACAAAACAGUGGUCUAAAUGGUAUGACUGAUGACACGACUCUCACUAAGACUGAAGUUAAAGAAGAUAAAGAAGAAGAAGAUGGAGACGAUUGGACUCCAGAUAUGAAUGAAACGGACCAAUGGAGUGACGACGAGAAGAGACCAUUAGUGGUGACGAAGACUGCGGUCAGUAAACGACAACAACGAAAGAAAAUGAAUGAAUGCACUGAAGAAGAGUUGGAAGUAUUGACUCAGAAGUACAUCAAUAGAGAAGACAUUUGCGAUGAGAAGACCGGGCGUUACGUGUGUCCGAAAAGUGGUUGCAAUGGAUCCUACCUUUCCCACCAAAUUCUUUACCACCAUUUACUCAGAGUUCAUGUAGAGCAGUCUCUAGUGAUCAAACGACCGCAUAUUGUAUGCAAAGUCUGCGGCAAAAGGUUUAAAGAUAGGAAAUACAUGACAAUUCAUAUGAGAACUCAUACGAAUACUAAGCCAUAUAAGUGUCACUUUACUAACUGCGAGUACCGGAGCUGUUUUAGAGGUGCGCUACACAAUCACGUGAUCUCUAAUCACUCGCAAACCACAUUCAAAUGCGAUCACAUUGACUGCAAUAAGACAUUUAAGACGAGCCAAGGAUUGCGAGAACAUGUCUUUUCACACGAUCCCGACUCUAUGUUCCGGUGCACUGUCGAUGGUUGCGACCAAUGGUUUAAGAAACUAUACCAUCGCAAGGUUCAUGUGAGGACAGUGCACAGUGGCUUACCACCCGAAACGCGCAAAACGCCCCGACCCCGUAUACCUUGCGAUUGGCCCGGCUGUGAGUUUAUGGGCUUUAGUCUGGUAGCCCACAAACGCGUUCAUACCGGCGAAAAACCAUUUGAGUGCGAUUGGCCUAAUUGUGGCAAACGGUUCCGAUGGAAACAGUACUUAACUGAUCACAUGAAUAUUCAUAUGAAUGAUAAGCCGUUUGCCUGUCAUUGGCCCGGAUGUCAGUACCGGUCCAGCGAUAGGGGGAAUGUCAGGAAACACGUCCGCACGAAAUGCGAUUCUAGGUACUAUAUAAGCGAUACUUACUAUAGAAGUGGUGGACCGGUGUUCCUACUGAUGGGCGAUGAAGAAGCUUUAGACCCCAAUCUCUUUAUAACUUCCCAAAUGAGCACAAACUUCGCCCAACAGUUCAACGCAUUGGCCGUAACUCUUGAGCACAGAUAUUAUGGACAGUCUAUGCCAACACCAAACCUAUCUGUCCAUAAUCUCCGCUACCUAACCAUCGAUCAGGUGCUCAGGGAUGUGGCGAAUUUCAUCGAUUAUUUAACGACAAAUCUUUCACUGAAUGGCAGUAAAUGGGUUGUGUUUGGAGGUUCAUAUGGAGGUACAUUAGCCGCACUGGUUAGGGCUACGUAUCCAAAUAAGACAGCCGGUGCAGUAGCCUCGAGCGCGCCCAUGGAGUUCGUCUACGAUUUUAAGACCUACUUGAAAGCCGUUAGCAAAUCGUUGGGUACCCAAUGUUCCCGUUAUUUUGGUGAAGCGACACAAGAAUUGGAGGAGGAGUUCAAAAGUGCUGAGGGUUGGUAUACCAUUCAACAGCAGUUCAAUUUAUGCGACCCGUUCAAUGGCACCGACACUCUCGAUGUCUAUCAAUUGAUGGAUCAGUUGACCAACAAUAUUAUGGGUGCCGUUCAAUACAACAAUUUAGGUCUUUAUCCCUCCAUCGACACCAUGUGCUCCAUAAUGGCCAACACGUACGGCAACUCACGACCACUGGACAGGUAUAUCCGGGUUUUCAAUCUAUUCUCAGGUGGUUCACAAUGUAAUGACUUUGAAUACGAUGACAAUAUUGAGUUGAUGAAGCAAACAGGUCUGACUGAUCAGGCUUCCACAAGUGGA